UUCCCAUCUCCCCCCCCCCCCCCCCUCUCCGUAAAAACCACAUUUUUCAAAACCCCCCCAAAUCUCCCCAUUUUCCUCUUUCAUUUACAAAACCGCCCUCCCUCUCCCUCUCCCUCUCCCUCAGCAGGAAUGGCAGGCGGUUUUAGGGUUUCGAUCCCGAACAACGUGAAGAAGACGAUCCAGCACAUAAAGGAGAUCGCAGGCAAUCACACCGACGAUGAGAUAUACGCAAUGCUCAAGGAAUGCUCGAUGAAUCCCGACGAAACCGUCGACAAGCUCCUCAAUCAAGAUCCUUUUCAUGAAGUCAAGAGGAAGCGCGACCGGAGGAAAGAGAGUGUGAACACCAGAGAGCCUACUGAUUCUAGGUGGAGAUCGAACAUGCAGGGGCGAGGUGGGGGUAGGGGUGGUAGGGGGGGCUAUUCUUCUCGUUACGUCUCACAUGGUAUGGAUGCUGGUGGUGGAAGGAACAUUUAUUCUGGAAAGGAGAAUGGAGUCAAUAUAGAGAGAGGCAACACUUCCACUUCACCUGUUUCACAGGACACAGAAAAUAAGGCAACGAUUCCAAUAUCUAGCCAUGUAACUGGAAUGGCCAAUGGACUCACUAAUGCAGCACAUGGGAGUUCAACUCAUGAGCACGGGUCACAAGUUUCAGGAAGCAGUGGUAUUCCCACACCUGAAGAAAGUUCGGCGGUUGGUGACAGUAAGACAGGGAGUGCACCACCACCUGCCGCUGAUUUGAAAAGCACCCCUGCAACUGUAACAGGCGGGCCACUCGGACAGCCUGCACCAAGUUCUGAUCAGUUCUUAGCUACCAUGAUUCCUGCAUCUGUGUCAGGAGUCUACUCCUCAGCAUCUGAUCCUGUGCUUGUGCCGUCUCUUGAUACGCGCGUCCCUGGUGUUGUUGGUACAAUCAAGCGUGAAGUAGGCAGUCAAAGGACAGUAGUCGAACUGACUUCUACUGUGACUGCCCUGAGCAAGUCUGUAUCUCAUGAUGUAGCAGAUUCUGAACAGUUGUCAGCCUUAAAUGAAAAGGCAGCUUCAGAAAGCAGGAUCCCCUUUAUGCAUGGGAAGAUAUCAAGCAAAUCACAGGGAGUGGAAGGGAACCAGCUUGUUGAGGCAUCUCAGGCUGUAUCUUCAGCUUCUCAUGCUGGCUUUUCGUCCAGUAGGCCUUCAUCUAAUUAUGGGAAUAGGUCCCAACAAGUUAUUGGGCCUCAGAAAGGAGUUGGUCCUAGUAAGGAGUGGAAACCGAAGCCGACAAACCCCAAUAUUGUUCAAUCCUCAACUGAGGUUGCACCAGUCACAGUAGAAGUCAGUGCUCAGUCACUAUCUGCAUCCAGUGCUGCAGACCUAGAAGUAACAGCGAAGCUGCAAAAGAAGCUAGAGGAUUUGCAUUUCUCAGACAGACAACAUGUCAUCAUUCCGAUCCAUCUUCAUGUCCCUGAAGCUGAGAGAAGUGGAUUGAGUUUUGGAAGCUUUGAUGCUAGUUUUGGGCUGAAUGCAAGCUUCGCAAAUGGCCCAGAUACUGACAAGAGCCCUACACCUUUGUCUGAGUCGUCUCAGGUGAUCGAAGAGUCAGUUGAGGAGCCUUCUUCAAGUAACCAGAAUGCAUCCUCAACAGCACAGGAAGGAGAUUAUUCUGAUAAUCCACAAUCCCCCCCACACAUGCCGGAGAAUCUAACAUCCAGUGAGGCUGAUGCUUCGGCUGGUAUCCCUCCAAUGCCAGAAUACGAUCAGUCCAAGCCUGAGACAGUGUUGCCACCAGGAGGUACUCAGAGCUCGGUGGUUCAUACCAACCCGAGCUAUUCUACUUUCGGGGUGGUGCCACCUAUGCUUGGGAGCCAAUUCCCUCCAUUUGAAAGCUCUGAGCCUCAGGCACGUGAUGCCUCUCGCGUUCCAAGCUUUGUUGUCCAGCAACCCUUUGACCCAUCUGCAAGCUAUUAUACCCAAUUUUAUCGACCUGGUGGUGAUGGUGAUGGUCGCUUCUCUCCCUUUCUCUCACCUGGUGCUGCCACCAAGUAUAAUGGUAACAUUACAGUGUUAUCUUCUCAGACCGGCCAGUCUCCUCAAGAGAGUGGGAACUCUCUUGUUCUGUCUACGGCGGGCCCAACUCCUCUCGUCACCCAAGCUGCUGGGGUAAUGCAAAGCACCAUACCUGUAACUCAACAACCGGUUCCUGUUUUCCGGCAGCCUGCCGGUGUACAUAUUUCUCAUUAUCCUCCUAACUACAUCCCAUAUAGCCAAUACUUCUCCCCUUUCUAUGUUCAACCGCCGACAAUUCAUCAUUUUUUAAACAAUGCCGCUUUCCCUCAACAAACCAGCAACAUAUAUCCAUCUCUGGCAGCUGCUGCAGCAGCAGCUCCCACUGCUGUCAAAUACUCACUUUCUCAAUACAAGCCCGGAACCAACGGUGGAAACUCACCCCACAUUGGAAUGCCAGCUGGGUACGGACCAUACAGCUCCAAUCCGUCUGGCUACAGUCCCAGUCCUGCUUCGACCACGGGUAACUCUGCUGGCAAUGAGGAUCUUGCUACAUCUCAGUAUAAGGAGAAUAAUGUCUACAUGAUCGGGCAGCAGAGCGAAGGUUCGGCUGUCUGGAUCCCUGCCCCAGGCCGUGACAUUUCCAGCUUGCAAGCAAGCUCUUUCUACAACCUCCCUCCUCAGGGGCAGCACAUGGCCUAUGCUCCCACCCAAGCAGGCCACGGUGCCUUUGCUGGAAUCUACCACCCUGCCCAGACAGUGGCGGCUGCAACAGUCCACCCGCUGCUGCAACAGCCCCAGACCAUGGCUGGAGCCGUCGAGAUGGUGGGCCAACCUGCCGGCGUCUACCAGCAGCCGCAGCGUGCACAGAUUGGCUGGGCCAAUAAUUACUGAAAGGAACUUAUUGGGGUACCGCCAUGGAACAGGAAACAUACGGCAGAUUCACCAGGAGGCCAGCCAAGAAGAACAAGACACCGUCGGUCUGAUCUGAGAGUGUAAAUAUAUAUUACAUAAAUGGUGGCCGAAGAAAAAAAACAACAGGAGAAAAAUAAAAAGACAGAAAAAAAAGGAAGUCGUCGGUAGGUUCGCAUUUUGGAACUUCAGAUUUGCUUUUGGGUGGGAGGUCGAAAAAGGGUGAAAUUCACCUAGUACUGAUAUUGACCAUUUUUAAGCAUAGUUGAAGAAGUUAAUGUGCAGGUCCUUUUCCUUGUGCUAUGCUGUUUUUUUCUCCCCCUUUUAUCUCUCCUUGUUCUUCUUUUUCUUUUUAGUUUUUUGAAUUACCGUGUGUGUGUUUCUUCUUCUUUUUUUUUUUCUGUGUUGGGAGGUGUUAGGAACUUUUUGAAGGUAAGAUAUAAGGUUGGUGGGGUUUUUCAUUCAUUUCCACUUGUCUUGCCUGUAAAGUAAAUUUUGAUAGUAAGGGAAAUGUAUUUGCACUGUUGUAAUCAGUAUAUGAGGAUUAGGAUUUCAUUCCUUCUUCGUC